GACAUCGACAUUCGCCACCAGCGCAUCGACCUCGACACCAACAACAAUGCCUACCCGCUUCUCCAAGACUCGCAAGCACAGAGGCCACGUCUCCGCCGGUUACGGCCGUGUGGGCAAGCACCGCAAGCAUCCUGGCGGUCGUGGUCUCGCUGGUGGCAUGCACCACCACAGGAUCAUGAUGGACAAAUACCACCCGGGUUACUUCGGUAAGGUUGGUAUGCGUCAUUACCACCUCACGCGCAAUGUCUACUGGCGCCCAACGAUCAACCUCGACAAGCUCUGGACGCUUGUACCGGAAGAGGAGAAGAAGGAUUUGAAGGAGGACAGCGAGGUCGUGCCAGUAAUUGAUACGCUUGCGCUGGGGUACGGGAAGGUGCUGGGCAAGGGCCGGUUACCAAAGCUGCCGUGCAUCGUCAAAGCACGAUUCGUGUCUGCGAAGGCCGAGAAAAAGAUCAAGGAGGCUGGCGGCGUGGUCAAGCUGAUAGCAUAAUCGUGUUGACUAUGUUCCUGUCUGUUCCAUGUUAUGAUCAUGCUCUCUAAGGGAGUUACCUGUGUGGUUGAAGAACGACCCUUCGUGAAGUCGAGGAGACAUAUAGCUCUUGUGUGCAGUUUGC